CAAGAGACUUCAGCUGCGGAGCGCGGCGCUGGACAAGGACAAAAUCAGCCUUUCGAAACUGACGAGGUGUCUUCGCGCCGCCUGGCGCUCAUUUUGGGUAGCAUUUUGAUUGGUGUCGUCUUCACUGCUGUGGACGCAACUGUAGUGGCAACUCUUCUGUUGCCCAUGACUACCGACUUUCAAUCCCUACAAACGUUGUCCUGGCUGGGUUCAGCUUUUCUGAUCGCUGCCACGGCAGGCAUCCCCCUCGCGGGACGAUUGACAGAUAUCUUUGGUCGAAAGUCGGGCGCGGUUCUUUGCAACAUAGUCUUCACUAUCGGUACCCUGCUAUGCGGUAUAGCACCAAGUGAGUGGGUGCUGAUACUUGGCCGUGUGCUUGCAGGAUUAGGAGCAGGGCCGCUUCGGACCAUUUCGUCUUUCGUAUCGUCCGACCUUGUCCCAACUAAAAAGCGCGGCUUGGUUCAAGGCCUCAACCUCCUCUGCAUGGGUGCUGGUACUGCUCUGGGAGGUUCUUUUGGUGGCUGGAUGAACUCUCUCCUUGGUUGGAGAUGGGCAUUCCUCAUCCAAGUGCCUUUCUUAGUUGUCGGUACCAUUCUUGUCUACCUCUUCGUCGACACGCCGCGAAAACACUCGAGUGUUCCACCACUACGUCGAAUUGAUUGGCUCGGCUCCAUUACGCUCGUGAUAUCUCUAGUCCUUCUCCUUGUAGGACUCAACGCCGGGGGCAACUUGGUGCCUUGGUCACACCCUCUGAUUCUGUUAACGACGCCCCUCUCUGUUCUUGCACUAUUAGUAUUUCUCUACAACGAACAGUCAUGGGCAAGCGAGCCAAUCCUUCCUUUGCGAUUGUUCAAGAACCGUACCUUUUCCGCAUCAUACCUGACAUAUCUGUUCGCACACGUGGCAGCCUUUGGCAUCAUCUACUUCAUCCCAGUCUAUGCGCAAAUCCAAGGCUACAGUUCGGUACACGCAGGGCUGCAAUUCAUUCCCCAAGCUGCUGGCAACGCUACGGGUGCGCUACUUGCUGGUGCCUUGAUACGACGAACCGGGAAGUAUCUGUUUUUGAAUGGAAUUUCGCAGCUUUGCCUGGUCCUCGCAGCGACCUUGCUUUCCCUUCUACCGCAUGGGGCACCCUCAUGGCGGCCAUUUGCGUACCUAGCAUUGCACGGCUUUGGAUUUGGCAUUAUGCUGGUUGUGGCAUUUAUUGCGUUGUUGAGUGCCAUUCCACAUUAUGAUCAAGCUGUGGGGACUUCUGCUCUGAUUGCACUGGGAUCCGCAGGCUCCGCGCUUGGAGUCACGAUAUGCUCCGCUAUAUUCCAGAACGUGUUGAGAAAGGAGCUCUAUAGUCUACUAGGCAGCUCCGACGUAGCUGAGGAUAUCAUCACGCGCCUUAGAGAGUCGUUUGGUGUCAUACCCUACAUCGAUCCAUCGGUUCGACCUCUUGUCGAGAAAAGUUUCAUGGCUGCCGUUCACUCAGUAUUUAGCUUCACGCUUGCCGUUAAUAUCAUCACUCUUGUGUCUGCACUCUUUAUCAGACAGAAUACUCUUUACAACAAUCUAGCUCGCCCUGAAGAGUCUGAUUGAUCGAGCUACAAAUG